GCACUGAUAGGCGGCACUGAUGAUGGGAACUGAUAGAUGGCACUGACUGGCAUCACUGCUGGGCACAACCCCUGGGCACUGACUGGUGGCACUGACUGGCAGCACUGCUGGGCUGCACUGGUGGGUGGCACUGGUGGGCGGCACUGGUGGGUGGCACUGGUGGGCGGGCACUGGUGGGCGGGCACUGGUGGGCACAGGUGGGUGGCACUGCAGAGUGGCACAGGUGGGCGGAGCUAGUGGGCGCACUGCUGGGCACAGGUGGGCGGAACUUGCGGGUGGCACUGCUGGGCACCGAUCAUCAGGGCACUGAUCAUCAGUGCCCUGAUGAUCGGUGCCGAUCCCCGCUCUGACAACUGCCGGUUCUCGGCAGUACUUUCCUCACGAUCUGACAGCGUGAGGAAAGUGCAGCCGAGAACCGGCACUUGCAU